AUGAGGGACAAAGAGAUCGCUUUAGCCUUUAUCAAUCGUAUAGGUCUGGAUAAUCUAAGGAAAAAAGAGACUGUGGAUUCUAUAAAAAGUUAUCUAGCCGAAUUUGAGGCAAAAUUAGACGAAUCAAUAAAUAUCGCAUCUUCUACAAAUUUUAACGCGCAUUCUACAAGCUAUGGAGAUUCUAAAGGGACAAAAAUAUCUAAUAGAGGGUCCAAAGGUCUCAAGUUCGACCGUCCAUCUUCUCAAGUACCCAUUGAAGUUCAGAUGUUGGAGCAUCUGGCAGAGCUCAGAACCGCUACUAGUGACAUAAAUUCAUCAUGUGAGGUAAAAUCAAAGUCAUUCUUGGAGGUUGGGAAGGAUUUGCUCAUGGAAGCUAAGCGUAAGAGCAGCUGGUACUCAAUCCUAGAUGUAAAAAUUGAACAGGAUGAUCUCUCAUUCGAAGGAAUUCCACGCAUCAUUUCCAUUAUAAUCGUAUUGGCACGUUUAGAACAGUACAUUAAUCUGAAAGAGUCGACAGUAUUUCCACUACUUUUCAACAACGCUCUUUAUAGCUUCCGUUAUGCAUUCCAGUCGGAAUCCAGUGAAAUUUGCACAAUUGAACAUCCAGAAUUUGCAAUCUCAUACAUAAAAAAUGCUGUAAGAAAGUACGCCUUUUUAUUCAAGAGGGCAAUGAAUGAAUUAAAGGCGGAUGAAAAACCUUAUUUCGAUUCCUUUGUAAACGGUUAUGUUGUAAAAGGCGAGCAAGGCACUGACUCGCUAGUGGAUGAAUUUAGUCUUGUUUGCAGAGAAGUAUGUAGCACAAACUACUUUUCAAGAUGGUGUAAAAUAUUGGCUAGUGAAGUUAAGCUGUUUGUUUACAGUCGCCUACCGCUUUUAAUGUAUGAGUACAAUACUCCACCUUCGGAAACUGCACUUUCUUUAUCGGAAUUAAACGAUGUUAUGAAGGACAACUCAACAAUGGAAAAUAAUAAAGCAGAAUUGAGAGUGUACCGUUCGUCAUUUAGUGAUCGUGUUACAACUAGUGUUGCAUAUGCGCUCUUGCGUUCACUCACUGAUUUAUCUGCCACUAUGCGCUCCAUAAGUGAAGAUGCUAGUUUCGAACUCUUUUCUGACUUUGACAAUAAUACACUAAUUCCAUGCGUAAAUUUAGAAUAUGAAAACGAUGGUAAAGUAAAAGUCGUAUUAAACUUUCAGGAUGAGUGUUUAUACGGUUUUCUAGAUGCACUCUUGGCAAUGGAAAAUCAUUGCACAAUGAAGAGUGUAAAACAACUUGUAAAUGAAGAAACGAUAUUUGAGCAUGUAGCUCCAAAAGGUACGCUCAAUUUUUCAGUAUACUUGCAAGAUGAGCAACAUUCGGCCCAUAUGAUUGAUGUAGUGAUUAAAAUGCUAAACUUGGUAGAUGAACGCUGCAGGUGUCUAAAACUCGCUGAAUCUAGAGGUACAUACGUGAGAAGGGUGGCAGUGCCCAUAGUAACACAUUUUAUUGAUGAUGUUAAACAAAUUUGGAAUUCUCUUGACAAUGUUUUGGAAUCAUCUACAGUGUCUUGUAUGCUUGUAGAAUCUUGCACAUUCCUGCAUUCAUUCCUAUCAAACUACUCUGGGAGCUCAUUCAUGUCAGAAACUCUCUCAUCACUGGGGACAAUGCUCUCUAAAAUGAUAUCAAUUGUCAAGCAGUGCAUUACUGAACUCAUUUAUGAUCCGUUGAAGCGUAUUCAUGAGUUAUAUUUUGACGUUGCUGCACAAUUUACUGACAAGCUUUUACAAAUAUCUGCAAUCUGCAAUCCUAGAACCUAUGAAAAAAUUCUAAAACAUUCAGUAGAAUGCACCGAAAAGUAUUUGCUAUCAAUAGUAAUACCUAAAAAGAGACACGAAUACGUUUUCCAGAACCAAUAUAACGUGGAUCUCGCAUUAGAAAACUGUCUUGUCAUUCUAGACAUGUGGAAAAAUCUCGUGGAGCCCAAGGAAUACGCUGACAAUCUUGCUGUUCUAGAGGACAUUAUAACGAUACUGGGCAUGGAAACAAACGAACUUGAAACUACUGUCGAACACUUGCACCUGUUGAAGCAAAACACUUUGAAACUAGAGCGUACAUCUAGCACUGGUGUAUAUGGUACUGACGAUGAAUUCGCUUUGGAUAAGGAGGCAUUUGAUUAUUCCCUUGAAUUCGACUCACUGCAAAAGCUCACCAGCAACGAUGCAUUCAUUUCAAGUAUCAUGGAAGACGAAUUUGGUAUAUUAGAGGACGGGGAGCAAAAGUCUGGAAAUGAACGUAUUCUCGAAAACAGUGCUGCAUACGAAGAAUUAUUUCUGCAACAGGUACAGCUAAAGGCAGCGGUUCCUGUACUAGACAAGGUUUGGUUUAUGAUCACAUUUAGUUUAAUGCCAUAA